GUCAGUCUAGCUGCGCCUUGGGUCUAGGUCUCACCCUCCGAGGACAGGGGUUUUCGAAAGAGAGGCUGUUUCCCCUCGAAGUAUUUCUCUACCUAUCUCGUUCAGUGCUCUCGCAGUGGCUUCAGUAGACCGUCCGUGGGUGACAUAACAAAGGUUUUGUGAAUAAAACAAAAGCAAGCAAGACUCGAGAGAAAGGGAAGGCCAGGGCGUUGCAAGGAACUAGUCUCUACUGUAGGAGCUCUCUACUGCAGAAUCGAAGGUCUACCAGAAAAGGCAGAAUUGUUCCUCCUUUUUUUAGAUAAAUUCGUCUUCGAUGGCUCCAGAAAUCCACGCGGACGAGACGUCAGAGUCCUCCGCAGAGAAAGAAAAUAUAGCUGCCGAGUUUCCUUACGGUUCCGUCCCAGCAGCUUUGAGAGAUCUGUACACCCGCAGUAGCCUAUCAUCUACUUCUUCAUCGCCUUCUGCAGCGUCGCCUGCCUCACCCUUAGACCUCACGCGAUACUCCCUGCCGUCCCUUCGUCAGUAUGAACUCGCUCAACAGAUGGUGUCCCAACAAGGAGCAGUGAGCAAACUUCUUGGCUCGCUGAGACCCCCCGGGAUGAUAGGGGGUUCGAAGCCCAAGGUGGCGACGCCCCAGGUGGUGAACAAGAUCGAGCAGUACAAGAGAGAGAACCCGACCAUCUUCGCCUGGGAGAUCAGGGAGAAACUCAUCUCGGAAAACGUCUGUACGAACUCCACCGCCCCUUCCGUCUCCUCCAUCAACAGAAUCCUCAGGAACCGGGCGGCGGAGAGGGCGGCAGCAGAGUUCGCCAGGGCUGCUGGCUACGGCCUCUACAAUCCUUACGCUUUCCCCUGGGCCAAUCCCGCCUUACUCAACCCGUUCUCCAGCGCUGCCCUGCCCAUGGCAGCAGCAGACCCCACAAAUCACAGCAGCAGCUCUUCAAAGGAUGCCGCCUCGCCCACCGACGCCCAUUCCGACGGUGAAGGUUCCUCCCCAUCCAACCGAGACCAGCCCCACCCUCAGAGUCACCAUCACCACCACCACCACCACCUGACGUCCUCCUCCGGGGGCCUGAGUUCGAGCGCCUUGUCCAACGAAGUCAGAUUCCGGCGGAACAGGACCACCUUCAGCGCGGACCAGCUGGAGGAGCUGGAGAAGGAGUUCGAGAAGACCCACUACCCAGACUUGGCCACCAGGGAGAGGCUGGCCGAAAAGACGCUUUUGUCCGAGGCAAGGGUUCAGGUAUGGUUUUCCAACAGACGGGCCAAAUGGCGGCGCCACCAACAGCUGAAUGUCCUUCGCCCUUACGCAUCCGACGAUCAGCUCCAACACUCCCCGAGGACGGCGUCGCCCUACUCAGAGGCCCUGUCCAGCCCGGACAUGCCUCGCUCGCCUUCCCCUCCCCUGGGGCACCCACCUUCGGCGGCCCAGGCGGCCUCGGCGGCGGCAUCUUCCAGCAGCAUUACGCGAGACACUACGCCGCCCUCUAUCAUCACCGCGCAGGCGCCGUCGGAAACCGCCGUUACCACCACAGGUAUCACCCGUUCCUUGCCGUCGGAGGGGGAGCUGUCUCCUCCAAGGGGAGCCUCAACCUCUCCGACACUUCACCCAAGGCUGCUGCCUUCGCCCCAUCGCCAACUUCCGCUUUCACCCGUAUCGGUCGCUGCUCUGAACCUGUCCCUCCACCACAAGACGACCACCUCCACCUCCACCAGGAUGCUCAGUCGUCCCCCGCCCCCGCCCCUCCUCCCGGCCAACCUGCUCUCCCUCCCGCAGCACUACCCGCAGUUCCUCGGUCAUGACCUGACCCUAACGCCCAUCAACCUCUCCAGCGCCCACGCCCAGGCGCAGGCUCAGGCUCGAGAGUUGAUGGUGGCUCACGCCAGACAGUUCCUCAAGUCGGCUGGGCUGCCCAGCGAUUACAGCUUAGCCAAAGAUGAUCAGGAUGACAUAGAGGUCGACCUGGAUUCCAAGCCGAUCAAGGAAGAGGAAGAAGAAGAGGAGGAGGACGAAGAAGAAGAGGAGGAGGAACUAGAGGCGCAAGACCUCAGCGUGAAGAGAAGGAGAAUAGACGAAGAAGAGGAGGAGGAGGAGGACAAGGGAAUGAAGAAGGAGAGAGAAGAGAAAGAUGAGAACUGUGCCAAAAGUGAAGGUUCUGCCAAAGAUGAGAAAAUGGAGGAGGCGUGAGUGUGUUCCAGCUCGGUCCCUGGUGAAUUAAAGACUCCUUUUCUCGCUAGAAGUGGCCUGUGGUCUGGCAGGACAGUUAACGAUCUUAAAAGUCUUUGACAGAAGUCGGUUUGGAUAAAUUAGGCCUGCAACAAGCCACAUCUAAAAUAGGAUGGGAAAUAAGUUUGUCACGAAAUCACGAAUGUGUUGCUAAUUUUCACGUGUUUCAGUGCAAUUCCCGCUUCUGUUCGUCACAAAUAUUAGAAAUACUUAAGCGAAAAUUAAUUCUCAUUAAAACUAAAGAUGGGCGAAUGUAAGGCAUCUACAGAGGAGAUGGAAGAAGUGAACACCAAAGAUAUCUUCAACUCGCUCCCUGCCAAGAUGUCAUGUUAUAUACUGUAAACUAAUUAUUACUUCUUAAGAAUCAGCACAAGCUUCUUAUCGGCUUCAGGCACUAAUCUGAACAAAUGCAACCGUUGAAUAUCAUUAUGUUUAGUGGUCUUCAUUCUCGUAGGCUUAAGAGUACAAGUGAGAAACGAAACAUCACGAUUUUUUUUUAAAUGUUUUCUAGAGACUGGCUUAGGAAAGGGUCUCUUUCUUAAUAUUACUAUUUAUCCCUCAGCUGAAGGCCUUCUGACCUUCUCUGUUCUUGCCAUCCUGUGUUUGUGAAACGCCAAAGAUACAUUAUUCGCCUCGACGUGACUGUUAAGGCUGGACAACAAUCAAAUUUUUUUUAAUUUUUAGUAUUUUUAAGAUUCCGCAGUGGAGUUGCCUCUUCUUCGUGUAACUGACGACGUUCAUUGGGCUGUCCUAUCUUGCCCAAUUGCGUUUGAGUUCUUUCACAAGAAUUGAUACCUGUCCUUUUAUCUGUAGUUGUUAAAUAUACCAAUCAGAUACAUUUAGGUUAUUUUUUCAAAUGUGUUCAAUGUACUCGUCGCCCCAGUGAUCUCGAAACAUAUCAUUCAACUUUCUAAAUAGAAAAUUGGGGUCGUGCACUGUAAAUUGUAAUAAACAACAUUCAUGGACAUUUAAUGUUCAAGUUUUCAGCAUAUAUAGAGGAUCUGGAAUAAGUAAUAUUUACUUAUUAAAGUCCAGAGACACUUUUCUUGAUGGAUUGGCUGUAAACUUGCUUGGAAUGCACUUUUCAAACUUGAGACUAAAAAUAAUUCUGGAAAUGAGAAUAUAGCCUCGACGACUUUCUUUAGUUUAUGUACGUAGUCUAGUUCACUUCCGCCAAAGAGCAGUUACUUCCUCAUUACACUUAAGCAUUGCAAGUGCUUUAUUUAUCAUCACCGAGCCAUAGCUACACUCGGUUUUUUUUUCCAUCUGUCCACCCGCCUGUGGUGCGCGCGCAUGGUAACAUGCGUCCCGGGCUUUAAAUAGUUAUGCUAUGUGUAAGUUUUAGGUAAAUGAAAGGAUGUCUGGGUGUACAUUUGCAACUCUAAAGUGUUUUAAUACACAGUAAAUCAUUAAAACACUUUUCAGUUGCUAAUGUACACUCUGAUAUCCUUUUAUUUACCUAAAACCUACACAUAGCGUAACUAUUUACAGCCCGGGACGCAGUGUUGCCAUGCGCGGGCACCACAGGCGGGUGGACAGAUGGAAAAACAACCGAGUAUAGUUACUUUCAUUCAAAUUAAAAUCAAUGUUUGUGCUUUCAAGUCGAGCAGUUCUCGGAUACAGACUUGUGUAGCCAUACCGGUGAUCUCAGCUUAUUUUUUUGUAUAUUUAUUUGCCUAUGUUAAUAUAAUUGAUACAUGCAAUUCUUCUAUGCUGUAAGGUAGUCAGGAAUUGCAUACACUAGACUUUGCGUAGUGUGGUUGGUGCAAUGUGAAAUCAGAGAACUGUAGGAAAGAAAUUUGAGAAAAACUUACGUUUGAGAACUAUUCCAGGACUUGAUUCACUCAAACGCAAGACUGGACAAGAAAUGCAGCACUUUUGAAAACGAGAGACUGGACUCGCGUAUACUGGGAUGGAUCUGGAUGUGUAUUAGUCAUAGAUUCUUAAAAAAGGGCUUUUGAAAUUUGGUUGAUGACUUUGUUUGAAACUGUAUUUAUUUUCUCUCCAUUUUUUGUCUUUUGAGAAAGCUUUUUAAACCAUUUUCAGAGAGCUGGUAGCAAAAAUACCUCAGAAGAGUAUUAUACUAACAGACUCCUUUUUGUCAUUUGAGAAAGUAUUCUAGACCAUUUCUAAAGAACUACAAGGAACAAAUAUAUAGAAAGAAGAGUACUACAGUACUAACAGAAUUCUUAUGCUCAUUUUUAUCUUUUGGGAAUCAGAUGACAACGAUUUAAUUAAAAGUACUCAUGUAUUUUAAGACGAGUGUCACUUUAUAUAGCAACUACAGUUGGGUUAUUUACUGUUUAAUUUCAUAGAAUGCUAGACACCUGAAACAAUUAUAUUUUUGGAUUUGGCGGGACUAUGAUGUCCAACUGUUGAAGUGUUAUUUGUCCUAUUUUAUUUUGCAGAAAAAAAAAAACAAAAAACAAAUGAAUUACGAUUCCUUUCCGCCCUCUCAUCACCUAAUCACAUUCACCUUUAUACCAUCUCAAAGUACAACCAGCUUUAUUAGAUCCUGUUCUCUGAUAAGUGAACGUUGCACCUGUGGUGUCAAUAUCUUGAUAGCUUAUGCGAAUCUGACACCUAUGGAAAUACGAAAUAUUUAUGCAGAAAGAAUAAAUGAACCUUAUUUUUGUAGCACAGACCUUGUAGAAUAAAGAGUGGAGUAUGUAUGCACAAAAUAGAGAUGAAUUGAAAAUGAUUGGUUUUAUUUUGAUGCCUUCAACUGCAUAAUUAUCUUGUAACAGUGGGACUACAGUACUGAGACUAUACCAUUGGCUCAAUAAGAGGAAUGGACACAUAACAAUGGAAAUAUUAUCUCUAGACAGGCAAUACUUUUUUAUUGUUCUAGUAACAUUCAAAAUUCAUUGCACAACAUGCCAGAUAGGAUUAAACUCGGGUAGAUGAGGGUAACCCAGAGGAUAUUGUUCAACUGGAACAUCAAAAACCCAAUCGAAGAUGCAA